GUGAUCUUUUAUUGAUAUCUCGAGCAGAAAACAUACAUAAAGCCAGAAAACCCAAAUACUCGAUUGUCUCAUGGGCUUGCCCCCUUCGAAGCACGACUACGAAGACGAGGCUUCGAUAAGUCCAGGCUCCUUCACAGUCUUUACACACCGUCGAUACACUGAGUGGUCGAUAUGGCUGGGGGGGGCGAUCUGCCUGCAAGCCGGUGCUCGAACAAUCUCUCUACUGGGGCUUAAGCAAUCUCUCCACCGGGGCUAAAGAAUUCUUUCCACUGGGGCUCAAGCAUUUUCUUCGUUGCGACCACUGCACCCC